UAGGAGCACACGGGAACACCCCUAAUGAGGGAGUGCAGGGGGACAUGGGAUGGACGUCAUUCGAAGGUAGAGAGGCAAUAAGUAAACUAAAAUUUGAACAGAGACUCCCAGCACUGGAGGAAAAAAGGUGGGCAGGAAAAGUGUACAAAUAUCUGUACAUGAAAAGUUUGAACACAAAGUGGACACUCAGAACGAGGAAGCUGAGGAAUAGAUACCUACAGCCGAGGGAGGGGGUCUAACGUGGUUCUAGUGUGGGAAAGGAGGUGAAGGAGACGGAAAGAAAAAUGUGGGAAGAAAGAAUGCUCGGAAAGCCAGCGCUAUCAAUGUAUAGGUCACAAAAACAGGAGAUUAAGAGAGAGCUCUUAUUUGAUAACUCGCGGGGCAGCUCACUAUUAUUCGAAGCUAGGACGGGGGUUCUGAGAACGAAAACAUACAGGGCUAAAUUUGAAGACGUGGACCUUCGGUGCACAGCUUGCGGAGCCGAAAUAGAGACCACUGAGCAUAUAGUGCUGAGAUGCACAGACCUUCGCCCAACCCUGGCAGAGGGAACAGUGGCAAAUAUGGAAGGGGCAUUAGGUUUUCCCGGGGAACGAGGACAAAUAGACGAGAAAAGAGUGGCAGUAACGAAGGGGAGGCUAGAGGAUUGGUGGAGGAAGUCAAGGGAUAGAUAAUACCAUAAAUCGGGGAGAUAAUGUUUCCUCUACUGUUUUUAGAUAGUUACUUUGGGGGGAGGAGGGGAGUGAAAACUAGGUUAAGGAAAAGAGGAUAUAAAGAAAGGGGAAAAAAGAAUAAUAAUAAAAUAGGAGGGGGAGCAAAAGGCUAGAUGGCGCCAGCCGCCGCCCGUUACAAAGGGUAUAGCCGCCAUCCAUCCAUCCAUCCAUCCAUGGCGGUCAGGAGCAACUUUCGUCAAAGUACAGCGUGAAAGUAGCGUCGAAAGGGAGAGAAUCACGCUUGAUCGUGGCAACGCAUCUCAAAGUUGGCCUUGGUAGAUUUAGUAAGCAACGUGGUUUGCCGCUGCAGGUAGUCAAAUGCGGGCGUUAACGCAGCGGAAGAUCUCGCAGCAGCGGCGGCGAAGAAAGAUGCUCGGCCGGAAACUGAUGCCCCGACUCAAGCGAGCAUUGCAAGCCGGUCGGGUAGUCAAGCCGUUACGUGACCCACAUCCAUGGACUGUAACACCGAUGGAGUCAAGUGCCGUUGGCACCCUCUCGGUGACAUCCAGAUCCAGUGCCAGCGUUUCAGCACGUGUAGCAAGGCAGGGCAGCCUGUUUCAGACAGCGAGCGGAGGGGAGUCUCAAGCAAAAACAACCAUGGACGGGGAUUUCGAAGAAGGCCGGGAUGUUUCUGAAGACAGUGAAGAAUGGGGUGAAGGUUUGUCUCGGCGGAAGAAACGGAAGGAACGGCGCAAGACGCCUGUCGCCAAAUCAGUUGAGCCUACUUUUGAAGAAUACGAAUCAUCGGAGGGAGGUGGUGACAGUAGCAACAGUGAGGGUGAUAGUGAAAACGUCGAUCUGGAGGAUGCGUCUGAUGACGAGGAUGUGCCUGGCAGUGGCGACAGCUCCACAUCUGAUGAAAGUGAUAAUGUGGAUGCGUGCAAUCAGAGGGAAGUGCACAGACUGCUGCUGCAAUCGCAAAAUUUGCUGCAGGAUUGCGAAGAUGGCAGUCCAGUUGGUAGCAUUGAUGAGCAGGGAAACAGCGAGGAAGACAACAGAGACAACAAUACUUUCAGAGUGUUCAUGGCAGCUGAUCGUGUGGUCGUGGUGGUUCGGCACCCAGCUGCAGUGCGCCUCACGGGGCGCGCGCUGCUGCGCGUCCUGCACGGCAUUGUCGACAUCGAGGGCCACGUGAUGAUAGGCGGGGCUGUCGCUGCGAGGAUCCGGCCCAACAGUUGCGUCAUCCAUUCGGGCUUUCCCCAUGGUUCUGUGCACAUAAGGCCCCUCCCACUGGAGGUCCCCAGGGGCGGCGGCAAGGCCACGCACUUGCGCCGGACACUUGCUAGGCUGGGCAUGGACGAUGCGUGGACCCAACUGCGGCCGCUGCUCGCACAUGGGACCGCCGUCAUGCUACUGGAGAAGGUGCCGGGAGGCAACUGGCCCAUUGGGGUCAAAAGCAUGCCCCAACUACGGGGCCCCUUUCAGUCGCUGGGAUUCCGGCUGACCAUGGACCAGCCAUCCAGGUUGCAACGCGAUCCGUGGCGGCAGCGGACAUCCGACCUCGCAAGGCACCUGGCCCGUGCAGUCAAUUUCGGAGAUCAGCGGCAGACGGCAAAGACAGAGGGCCGUGCUGUGCCCUGCAUUGUCGUGUGUGGACGCCAGAACACCGGGAAGUCGUCCCUUCUUCGAGUACUGGUCAACAGCCUCCUGAAUUUCUGCUCCGAGGUGCUGUACUUGGACUGUGAUCCCGGCCAGUGCGAGUUCACCCCUCCAGCUACUGUCUCACUCACCCGUGUCACUGAACCACUGCUAGGGCCACCAUUUACGCAUGUCCGGACACCUGAAAAGGCCUACUUCUUGGGUCACGUGAGUCCAGCCAGCCAGCCUGAUUCCUACUGCACGGCUGUACGUGCACUCAUUGACCAUGCUCGCCAGGUGGCACCCAAAGCGCCACUUCUGGUCAACACUAUGGGCUGGGUCAAUGGGCUGGGCCUUUCGCUUCUGGUGGAUACAAUCCGGUGGCUGCGUCCGACAGACCUGGUGCAGCUGGUCACUGAGAAAGAGAACAACGAUGUUCCUCUUCCACCACUGGACGACACACUGCUGCGAUCGGCUUGUGGCUGGAUGACAUCACGCAGCGGCAGUGACUGCCUCUGGCCCCUGGAAGAUCUCUCAUGCCAUGUGUUGCCUGGCACCACCUACAGGGGAAGGUCAUGGGCACGUGCCAAGCGAGAGGCCAUGGUCCUUGCGUACCUGGGACGGCAGGGCAACGGCAACGGUGCCCAGCUGCCUGAGACACCUUAUUGGCUGUGGAACAACACACCACUGAGAGUCCCAUGGUGUGCGAUGGCUGUGCAUGAUUGUGACAACUCCGUUCCCAAGAAGGAUCUGCUGUACUCACUCCGUGGCAGUAUCGUGGCCCUGUGUGUCGUCCCCACUGACAAGCUCCUGGAAACGGAGAACCCCUCUUACCCCAGAUUUAUCGAUAGCUGCGGCCCAUACGAGUGCCUUGGAUAUGGUCUCGUGCGCGCCAUUGAUCCCUCAGAGCACCUCUUCUAUGUUGCCACCCCUGAGCCACCAGAGCGGUUGGCAGAGGUCAAUGCCCUCAUCCGUGGUGACAUUCAUUUGCCAGAGUCCUUGCUCAGUAUUCAGGCGCAGCUGUUGCAGUGCGGGUGGGCGCCUUAUGUGGCUAAAGCGUCGUCCGAACCAGACCACAGCAGCGAUGAUGAGGAGCAGAAUGACGAUGCUUCCUGCUCCUGAAGGGAUGUUCCCCCUUUCUUUUCUUUUUCUUUAAUUUCUUCACGCAAUAAAAGAUGCAGGACAGGCUGCCAAAUUUUCAA